GGACAAACCCGGUGGACAACACGGACGUCGGCGCGAUUCCGAGGCUGGAACGGCUGAGUUUAAAUCUUGGAAGUUUCACAGGUGCGUCUCCGCGGGUCUCUCUUUCCUCAGUGUAACACCCGACCAAUUUCAGUUUUGCGGACUAUCUGCAAAGAUGGUGCCAGAACCAGAAACGCUCGACAUCAUCAUCGUCGGUGCCGGUCUCACCGGCAUCAAUUCGGCGUACCGGUUGCAGACCGAACUCCCGCACCGCAGCUAUGGCAUCCUCGAGUCGCGCAGCGAGAUUGGCGGGACAUGGUCCUUCUGGAACUACCCGGGAGUCCGCACCGACAGCUCCAUGGCCCUAUUCGGCUUUCCCUGGCGGCCAUGGCCGCACAACACCAACGUGGCCGGGGGUCCCGCCAUCAGGAAGUACAUGGAAGAAUGCGCCGUCGCCGAGGGCAUCGACAAGAAGAUACGCUUCGGCCACCGCAUUGUGGCUUCCAACUGGAGCAGUGCAGAGCAGCGCUGGACGUUGCAGGUCGAGGUGACGCAUCCUGGCGGGGACAUCGAGAGAAAGGUGUUCAAGGCGUGGUGGGUCAUCAACGGCAGCGGCUACUACAGUUAUGAGAAGCCGCUGCCGGCGGUGAUCCCGGGCAUUGAGAAGUUUGGCGGCAAGGUCGUGCACCCGCAAUUCUGGGACGAGAGCGUCGACUACGCCGGGAAGAGGCUCGUCGUCAUCGGCUCCGGUGCGACCGCCGUGACGUUGUUCCCGACGCUUGCCAAAACAGCAAAGAGCAUAACUCUGCUGCAACGCACCCCGUCGUAUGUCCUCAGCAUGCCGUUCAAGGAUCGUGUAGUCGCCUUCUGGUCGAAGCUGCUCCCCUUGCGCUGGGCCAGAAGCGUCAACUGGUGGCUCAGGAUGGUGAUCGAGACGCUGUUUGUCCGCUUCCUCCUGACAUUCCCCCGCGCGGGGAGGCGCUUCCUGGUCAGCGAGAUGCGGAAGCAGCUGCCGGAGGGAUUCGACGUCAACAAGCACUUCAACCCGUGGUACAACCCCUUCGAGCAGCGGCUCUGCUUCUGCCCCGGCGGAGACUUCUUCAAGACGUUGCAUCAGCCGAACGCCCGCAUCGUGACUGACGCGAUUGACACCGUCACGGAGACGGGUAUUCUCCUGAAAUCGGGCGAGACCCUCGAAGCAGACGUCAUCAUCACCGCCACGGGCCUCUACUUUGCCCUCCUCGCCGGCGUGGCCGCUACCGUCGACGGCGUGUCGAUCAACGACACCAUCGCCAACCGCUACAUUUGGAACGGCGUCAUGCUCGAAGGCGUGCCCAACACGGGACUCAUCACGGGCUAUACGGCCGCCACCUGGACGCCCGGCGCCGACGUCCGGGUACGCCAGCUCAUCAAAGUGAUCAAGCACAUGGAGAAGACCGGGGCAACCGCUGCGGCGCCCUACAUCGACCCGACCGAGCGGACUGGGCUGCCGAUCAAGCCUGCUGUGGGGCUGAACUCGACGUACAUGGUUGCUGCGUAUGACCGGACGCCUAAGCAGGCGGGGAGGGCGCCCUGGAUCAACGGUAGUAACUGGGCAGGGGAUAUGUGGCGAUUGGUGACGGGCAGUGUUGAGAAGGGGAUGAAGUUCACUUUCGGGAGCAAGAAGAAGGAUAUCUGAGCGUCGGUGGAGGUUAUGGUACGUAAUACCCGGGCUUGCGGUGCCAUUACUAUACUUUUCUGCGUUUCGGCCACUGGAUGUUUGAGGGUCGUUGAUUUGUUUCCCAUUUCGUAGAUAUGCUACCCUGCCAGCACACCUAGGCAGGCGUUGAUAGACGUACUUCGUUAAUGCGCGAUAGCCUUGAAUAAUUCACCAAAUACACCGUUCUAGACUUUUGGCUCCUGCGUCUCCCUCAAAUGUCGGAACCUAUUCGGCCAGAUGCCCUGCUUGCCAGGGGCGAGAAUUCCAUUUGGGUCGACAGCGUCCUUUUACAUCCAUCAGCGCC